GCUCCGGGCCUCGGCGCGCGCCUGCAGGCGCCCGGGGGGCCGCGCAGUCUCCUCCCAUCUCGGGGACGCCCGGCCACGCCGCGCCCCGGCGCAACAGCAGGAAAAAAGUUGUGCGGCGCGGGGAGGACUUGGGCCAGCGCUCGCUCGCGGCUCGCUAGCAGGACAGCGGCCCCGGGGGCUCCACUCGGAAGUGCGUGCCGCCCUCGCGGCGUCCCCGAGGGGUGGCCAGUCCCGCAGCAGCCGGACUCCAGUCCUCCGGGGAGGAAAGCGGAACCCCGAUCCGGGGGCGCGCCCCUCGCCGAGGCUGCGCUGGAGGCCGCGGAGGAGCUUAUCCUGUGAGCGGUGGCCCUGGGCUUCCAUUGUUCGAGGGAACUUUCCAGAACCAGGAGCCCGAACCCGAGGACUGGACCGCGCUUCCCCUGGGAUCGGUCGGGAGUUCCGGCAGCUGCGGGCGGCCGUGGCCGAACCUCCUUUGUCCUCCCGGGACCUUCCUCCCUCCCGCUCUCCCUCCCUCGGUCACUUGGCGCCGGCGCCUCAGCUGCUCUCAGCGCCCCUGUCCCUGCGGUCGGUCCCCCGUGACUGCCGUCUCGCAGGCGCCCCCGAGCCGCCGAGCCCAGGGGGCUGCGAUCCGGAGGGAGUCUCCGGCCCCGGGGGCAGGAUGGUGGCGGGCCGGUCCCCCGCGCGCGGCCCGGCGAGCUGGCUCUUCGCGGGACUGUGGUUGCUGGCGCUCAGCGAUCCCGGGGGGCUGCUGCGAGCCGAGGAGCAGCCCUCCUGCAAGAAAGCCUUUGACCUCUACUUCGUCCUGGACAAGUCUGGGAGUGUGGCAAAUAACUGGAUUGAAAUUUACAAUUUUGUCCAGCAACUUACAGAGAGAUUUGUAAGCCCUGAAAUGAGGUUAUCUUUCAUUGUAUUUUCUUCGCAAGCACACAUUAUUUUGUCAUUAACUGGAGACAGAGGCAAAAUAAGUAAAGGCUUGGAGGAUCUCAAGAACGUUAGCCCAGUAGGAGAGACAUAUAUUCAUGAAGGACUAAAGCUAGCGAAUGAACAAAUUCAGAAAGCAGGAGGCCUAAAAACCUCCAGUAUCAUCAUUGCUCUGACAGAUGGGAAGCUGGACGGUCUGGUGCCAUCUUAUGCAGAGAAAGAGGCAAAGAUAUCCAGAUCACUAGGUGCUAAUGUUUAUUGUGUUGGCGUCCUUGAUUUCGAACAAGCUCAGUUGGAAAGAAUUGCCGAUUCCAAGGAUCAAGUUUUUCCUGUCAAAGGUGGAUUUCAAGCUCUUAAAGGAAUAAUCAAUUCUAUUCUAGAUAAAUCAUGUACUGAAAUUCUGGAAUUGAGACCAUCAAGUGUCUGUGUGGGGGAGGAAUUUCAAGUCGUCUUGAGCGGGAGAGCAGUCACUCUGGGCAGUCGGGAUGCCAGUGUUCACUGCACCUACGCUGUCAAUGACACAUACAAAAAGAAUGUAAAGCCAGUAAGUGUACAGUCUGAUUCUAUUCUGUGUCCUGCACCUGUCCUGAAUAAAGCUGGAGAAACGCUUAAUGUUUCAGUGAGUUUUAAUGGAGGAAAGUCUAUCAUCUCAAGUUCAAUAUUAAUCACAGCCACACAAUGUUCUAAUGGGAUCGCAGCCCUCAUUGCUAUUCUUGUGUUGUUGUUACUCCUGGGCAUUGGUUUGAUGUGGUGGUUUUGGCCUCUUUGCUGCAAAGUGGUUAUCAAGGAUCCUCCUCCACCUCCACCUCCCGCACCAAAAGAGGAAGAAGAAGAAGAAUCUCUACCCAACAAGAAAUGGCCAACAGUAGAUGCCUCAUAUUAUGGUGGUCGAGGGGUUGGAGGAAUUAAAAGAAUGGAGGUGCGCUGGGGUGAUAAAGGAUCUACUGAGGAAGGAGCAAGGCUAGAAAGAGCCAAAAAUGCUGUGGUGACGAUUCCUGAAGAAGAAGAGGAAACCAUCAGGCCCAAACCACCUCGGCCCAAAUCCACACACCAGCCUCCCCAGACAAAGUGGUACACACCAAUAAAGGGUCGUCUAGAUGCGCUCUGGGCUUUGUUGCGGAGGCAAUAUGACCGGGUGUCCUUGAUGAGACCCCAGGAAGGAGAUGAGGGCCGAUGCAUAAAUUUUUCUCGAGUUCCACAUCAGUAAAAGGAAAGCAAGAAGAUCAAGAAGGUAUUAAGAUGGUACAUUUUCACAAUGCUGACUUCAUCUAAAUGAAAAAAGACAAGUACAUUUCAGGAACUCUUGGAAAAGCUUAAUUCUUUUCUGUCAGGAAGUGUUUCCUCAGCCUUCUGCUUUAUUUGCACCAAACAUUUUCAAACACUUGUUCUGCCAUCUACAUGGGAGGUGCUGAAAUUCAGUGGUGAUUAGGGAUUCAUGACAUUGGAAAUAAAGAGGAAUGUUACUCUGCAUGGUAUGGUAGAAAACUUGUUCAAUGUGUAGAAAACCAAAAUGUUGCAACAGCCACAAUCUAAAGAGGACAUCAAAACGUGGUAGCCAUGAGGAGUCUUUAAUGGAACCAGGAAUUCUGAAGCUGGAAAUGCGGUGCUCAUGUUUUCUUUAUGGCAUGAUCAUUAGCCACAGGCAGAGUAUGAAAUUUCCCAGCAGGCGAAACAAAUAAUGGAGUCUGUUGCCUUUUAGCGAUGUCAGAUCACAAAAUCUUCCCAAGCCCCUAUCACCAUGUGCCUUACGGGAAGUUUCUGACGAGAAAAUCUUGUCAUUCCAGUACUGAAAAGUGCACAUGCAUGACAAAAUGUAGACAACAUGCCUCAAGGUAUUGGUGGCAUGCAAGACUUUGCCCUUUCGUUUUUGAAGACACCUUUCUUUCAUCAUGCACUUGGGACAAGAAAAUUAAUAGAGCGUUAUUCCAAAAGAAGACAGCCUUUAACCAUAGAUCCACAUUGGAGUUUAAAGAUUCAAGAUAUAAGACCUUGUUCGUGAGAAUGGUAGAUUUCCCUCUCUUUCUAUGUUUACAGUUUAGUAGUACUGAAAGCACUAACAUCUGUAAACAUACUUAGGAGUUUGUUUUGCCUUUAAAAGAAGCAAUAAGCACAAAGCUUGCACUCAGGGGUUUUUUUUUUCUUCCUACAUUCACGUCUCCAAGGGCUCUUCAGCGUCACAAGCCAGCAACUCUCUUUGCAUGAAAAUUUCAAAGUUUAAUUAAUAUAAUUAAAGGCAACAGCAAGCAGCAGCCUGUGAAGAUUUUGCUCAUCUUUUUUAUGCCUUUUGACAUUGAAUGACCUAUUACUAUGUGUGAAUUACUUGGAUUUUGAGGAGCACUCUACCUUGGUUGCAAUUUAGUAGGCAGAAAGAAUCUCCUGUCUUCAGUUUAUAAAUUAAAUUUUCAGGAGGGUCGCCAUUAAAGCCCAUUGACAAUGUAUGUAUUACAAUUCUUUUAGAAAAAUCACCAUUGUGUCACAUCGACGAUGCCAAAUUAUGUUAGCGUGAGCAGAAACACUGUGGGGGAGGAAGAAGGCAGCAGCUGAAGAAAACAGCUCAAAUGAUCUAGUCACUUUCGAUACUGUACUUCAGAUGCGAAAUGGAUAUUCGACUAGAAACCUGACAAAGUGCGCCUGCUUUGAUGUGAACUGGUAUAGACAAUGACCAGUGGCCGGGUCAGUGGGAUGUCUCUCUGUGAGCACAAAGGCUUAUCAAAUGACACUAAAAAUAAGUUCAACAACCAUCACGGUAGAAGGGAGAAAGGGGAACACUUCAUGUUUGGCGGGCAUAUGAGUGCACAAGAUGGAAAGAACGGUUUGGAGCAUCCUAGUAUAAUUACCCCUAUUGUGCUUUUAAUGGAAAUUUCAAAGGAUGGAAGUGAUACUGUUGGUUGGUGUCCAGAUUUAUGUCACCGCUCCAAGAAGCCUUAUGUACACACACAAAUACACACGCACACACGCACAUUCUCUAGUUUGAAUCUUUUGCACAAGUUUAUGUCGCUGGCUGGCUGGAUCCAAAGCCAUGUGUCCACCUAUAUACAUAAAUAAAAAAUUUAUCUGUGCCUGCACAGUCAUUUUCUUUAACUUCAUUCUCAAAGCUCUUGCCUUCUUUGGUUGAAUGUAUAAUUGCCCUGGUUAAUUUCCGGAAUGGAAUUCUGUUCCGUUCCAAAAUAUCCAGCAUGUUCACAGAUGAUACUAUUGGCGAAAUUUAUGAGCAUCAAUUCAACAUGGAAGCCUGAAAUAGUACACCCAACCCAGUUGCAGUGACCCCUUGUAGACGUCUAUUCUCUAUUUACAUUUGGACUAGGACCUGUUGUUCUUCUCUUAAAUAGAGGUUUCAUUUCUGAUCAAGACACACCCAUUUUACCAGUAUUAAGGUUGCUGCACAACCUAUGGCUAAUGCUUCUUUGAUAGUUACUUAAAAUUUCUCCAGAAUCAUAUAGUACACUUGUAUUUUGCUACAUGAGCAAUGUAAGUAAACCACUGUUUUUAAAUGGUAAAUUUGUAACGGAGAUUUGUAAUGUCAGUACCAGGGAGAGCUCUCAAUGAAGAGGGAGAGCCAUUGGUUUUACGUAGGCUGGAAAACACAGAUUCAUGAUUUAAAGACAGAUGGAAUUUCAGUGCCCUUUAUUCUUUUCUUUGAUGAGUCUAAUCAACAAAUAAGAAGAAUUUGUUUUUACCAUUUUCUUACCAAAGGACAAGAUCAAAACACUCUAUAUCCUUCAAUCAGGAAAAUGAAGCCUUUUCUGUAAAGUGUUAUGGCACCUUUAUAUAUGUGGAGAAAAAUAACUCCUGUGCCAUUUUGUGGACAUGAUGUGAGUCAAGAUAUACUUUCUGUGUACAAAUGA